GUGGGAAGUGUUCGACAUAAUCCGGGGCUUGUAUGGUGUGAUUACUCCGCAUUACAAUUCGAUUCUGACUCUUAACCUUGUACGCUACCACCCCGUUGCUGCUUUGCGGUGUCAUGAGCUCCUCCUGUGAUGGGUCAAGCUAAACCCUAAUGCAACGUCCAAUUCGAACUACUUGAUGAGAUCGGCCUGUAUUUUCGCCGUUGUGGAGGAUUAUUAUACACUAACUUUAACCUUACCUGAGGUUGUUUGCCUGAUAUUGGCCACCCAACCGCAAAUCUUUAUACUUUUGAUAUCAGAGCAUUGAAUUUCACCAUCCCUCCCAAACCAAAAUCGAGACGGGACACCUGGCUUGGAACACCCAAUAGCAUCCUAAGAUUUGAAUUCACUGUUCCACAGCAUGAGUGAACUCUCACACAACAGACGUCAGGCGUGCACUAAUUUAGCCUAGGAUUUCCGAUAGCAAGAACGAUUCAUAAGUAUUUAGUGAGGCCUGCUUCUCAGGUUUCAGCAAUCCUCAUGAGGUACCAGAGAUUACCGACCAGCGAAGAAGCUGAAAUGGCGAACGAAACUCUUAAUAACGACCCUACCUCCUCAAAUGAAAACGAUGGUGAACCAGAUGUCAAAGACGGAAAUGUCAACAAUGAUUACACACAACGGUCAGAAGUUGAGAGUCUAAACUUGACUGCGAUACCACCUGGAACAAUCGAUCCAAUAUAUGAAGCAAAGGCUCGAGUCUUAAAUGAAGCUAUCCAAGAUAUUGGCAUGGGAUGGUAUCAAUGGCAACUUUUUGUUGUGGUUGGAUUUGGCUGGGCGAAUGAUAAUUUGUGGCCAAUUGUUACAUCACUUAUAUGUAUAUACUCAAUCUCGGGAUGUCUUUUUUAUCUCGUCAGAAAGCUAACUACGAACAUAGUCACUUCGAUUACCAAUGAAUUCUCACCGAAGCACCCACCUCUACUCACUCUAGCUCAGAAUAUCGGCCUUCUGGCUGGUGCUAUGUUUUGGGGCUUUGGUUGCGAUGUUUUUGGUCGACGUUUAGCUUUUAAUGCUACGCUUGGUAUCACCGCCGUAUUUGGGUUGAUUGCUGCCGGCUCACCCAAUUUUGCAGCUAUUGGAUGUUUUGCAGCUCUUUGGAGUUUCGGUGUAGGCGGGAACCUCCCCGUUGAUUCAGCAGUUUUCCUCGAGUUUCUUCCUGGUUCUCAUCAAUAUCUACUUACUGUGCUUUCAGUCGACUGGGCCGUAGCUCAAGUUAUCGCGAAUUUAAUUGCUUGGCCUCUCUUAGGAAACCUCACGUGCCAAGAAGGUUCAGCAUGCCCUCGAUCACAAAAUAUGGGAUGGAGAUAUUUUCUUAUCGUUAUGGGAGGCAUUUCUAUGAUCGAGUUCUUUAUUCGUUUCACGUGUUUUACGAUAUUCGAGAGUCCGAAAUAUUUGAUGGGAAAAGGAAGAGAUGAAGAUGCAGUUAAAGUUGUACAGGAAGUUGCCAGGAGGAAUGGAAAACAGUCGAAUUUGACUGUCACCCGUCUCCAGGAUUGUGGCACCCUUCCUCAUAUCAACGCCUCGGCAACCUUGUCAAGAAAACUCCAUCAAAUGGACUUAUCUCAUGUUCGUGCCUUAUUCGCGACAAGGAAGCUAGCCUUCUCUACAGGUUUGAUUAUGCUCGUGUGGGCGUUCAUUGGUCUUGGAUAUCCACUCUAUAACGCAUUUCUUCCUUAUAUUCAAGCCACUCGAGGUGCUGAGUUUGGAGACGGAAGUACAUAUUUGACGUAUCGCAACUCUCUGAUCAUAUCUGUGCUCGGGAUUCCUGGCGCUCUUAUUGGUGGUUACCUUAUUGAGGUGCCAAGUUUAGGUAGGAAAGGAACUCUCGCUAUGAGUACGACAGCCACUGGAGUAUUCUUGUACGCUUCCACCACGGCCAUGACAUCUACUGCGUUAUUGGGUUGGAAUUGUGCUUUUAACUUUUGUUCCAAUGUGAUGUAUGCUGUUUUGUACGCUUAUACACCGGAAAUCUUUCCUACGAAAGAUCGCGGUACGGGCAAUGCUCUUACCGCGACUUCGAACAGAAUCUUCGGGAUUAUGGCUCCAAUUAUUGCAAUGUUCGCCAAUCUCGAGACUUCAGCGCCAGUUUACACGAGCGGGGCUCUUUUCAUUGCAGCAGGACUUUUAGUAUUGAUAUUGCCAUAUGAAAGUCGGGGAAAGGCCAGUUUGUAAACCCAAAGUUUGAAGCCUGUAUUCAUAUGAUAUUUCUACCUUUCGAUACUGUAAAAUAACACAAUUCGUGUUAGUAAUCAGCAUUGAUCAACAAUUCAGGUCAUAGAAAAAAGAAGCUCGGCUCAUUAUCGAGAGCUCUUGACAAUUAUAAUUUGGCAUUACCCUC